ACCAAAAAAAAAAAUAUAAAUAAGAGAAGAGAAAGUAAGGAGAAUAAAGAUAAUAAAGAAAUUAAAUUGGGGGGUGGUUCCUAAUUCCUAUGAUAAUAUGAUGAUGAUAUGCCAUAUGACGUGCUAGAUAGUUCCUUUCUUCCGUCGAUCAAAAUUGAAUAUUUCGUUACCAAAUCAUCAAAUUCGCUGUUCAUUCCAAUUCACACACCAAAAUCAUCUCCGAUCCGAUUCUCUCCGCAAUCGCAACACAUAACAACACCGCCUUCCAGGUGUGAUUAAUAUAUUUGGGAAGUAUAUAGUAUAGUGCUAGAUUAGAGGGAAAAAGGAUGGGGGCAAUGAUGUCGAGAUUUUGGUUCAUGUUAUUCCCUGCUAAAGAGUAUAAGAUUGUUGUUGUUGGUUUGGAUAACGCUGGUAAAACUACAACCCUUUAUAAAUUGCAUCUUGGUGAGGUUGUCACUACUAACCCUACUGUUGGUAGCAACGUCGAAGAGCUCGUUUACAAGAACAUACGAUUCGAGGUUUGGGAUCUUGGCGGACAAGAAAGACUCCGUACAUCAUGGGCGACAUAUUACCGAGGAACUAAUGCUGUAAUUGCAGUGAUUGACAGCAGUGAUAGAGCCAGGAUCUCUAUAAUGAAGGAUGAACUUUUCAGGUUGCUAGGUCAUGAAGAUUUACAACAUUCUGUCAUCCUUGUCUUUGCUAAUAAACAAGAUAUCAAGGAUGCUAUGACUCCUGCUGAGAUCACCGAUGCACUGUCUCUUCACAGCAUCAAGGAUCACGAUUGGCAUAUACAAGCUUGCAGUGCCCUCUCAGGAGAAGGGCUUUAUGAUGGUCUUGGAUGGAUUGCCGGGCGAGUAACUGGCAAAGCAUGACGUGGUAUUGCUGGAAACUAAGGAUGACAUUUAUUUUAAUGAAUUGUAUUGUUGUUAUAAGUGACAAAAAUUUAUGUAUCAUUUAUAUUUCAAAGAAUCAUGCCAAACUAGUGUGUGUGAAUUGCUGUGCAGAAAAAGGUUAUUCAGUAAUCUAUUAAGUCACACACAUUUUCCCAAAUUGCUAUAGAAAGAAGUCUCUGCACUUCAUGAAUCUUGGUCAUUUCCAUUUA